UUAAACCAGUUUUAUGUAAACGUUGGUCGUUCAAAUAAUUACAAAGUCCUUAAACACGGCAGAUUCAAUUCGUUGUUGUGAUAAAAACCAGGUAGAUGUGUUUUUAUUAGUCUAAUAUGUAGCUAUAGCUACAACGAAAUCAACCUCGAAACAGUGUAUUUUUAUCUCAGUAGGUAGACCAACUGUGAAAUACGACACGAGUUUUUCGUCUAAGUACGAUAGAGAAAAAAUAAAUAUGAAAAAAUCCGCGUUUUAUUCGACUUUCGUGAAUUUUUUUUCGGCUGAUAAGCGAUAGUGUUGCGGUAGAAGUAGUUAAAGAGAUAUCUUGUUCUUGUUCGCGAAAAAGAAUCGUUGUGAAUUUACGAAAUGAAAGCUGCAAAGAACAACGAAGACGACAACUAUACAAGCUGGCUUUUGGAUCCCAGAAAAGGCAAAAUAUUGCGAUAUACAGAAAAUAUCAGCGACGAUUUCGAUAGAUCAAAUCCACCUUCGAUAUGGUUUUCCAAACGACUUUUCGUCACCGUCAUGCUUUUUAUGUGUUUCCUCAGUUCGGCUAUGGUCAGAAGCAAUGUGAAUAUAGCUGUAGUCGAUAUGACAUCCAACAAAUCGAUAGUUCGAGAUGGUCUCAAUAUUACUAUACCACCAGAAUUUGAUUGGGAUUCGACAACGAUCGGCGUUAUUUUCAGUAUAUUUUCAUACGGAGCGUUGCUCUCAUUUCUCGGAGCAUUUCCAGUCGCUGCAUUUGGUCCCUCGACUAGCUGCUCGGUUUCCAUUAUGAUAAUGGGUGUCACGACUUUACUGCAUUCGGCAUCAUUGUACGCGAAUUUCUAUUUGUUUCUGAUCUGUCGUUUCAUCAGCGGAUUGGCCGAGGCUUUUUUCAAUGUCAGCACAGCGGAAAUAUUCACAAGAUGGAUUCCCCAAUCGGAGAGAUCAACAUUGGUGUCGUUUAGUUUCAACGGAGCUAAUGUGGGUUUUGCGAUCGCCUAUCCUGUGUUGGGAUUUCUUGCCUAUAAUUUCGGAUGGCAGACGAUUUUCUAUUUCACAGGUAUAAUUCCUAUGGUGUUAUCAGUAAUUCUGCUAAUGUUUGUAAAAAAUCGACCUUGUCAAGAUGUAUGGAUAUCGAAACAGGAGCUUCAGUAUAUUUCUCGAGAAACCAAUAUGUAUCUACCGAGACACAUGGUCAUUCAUCCGUACAGAAUGAUUUUCACUUCAGCAGCUGUCUGGGCCUUGCUAGUUGGUAAAUUCAUUCAUGGCUGGAUAACCUCUGUGUUAAAUGUGUACUUUCCUAUCUACGUGGAAGAUCUGACUCACACGACCACCGAUGAAGUAGGAUUGAUAUCUUCCAUUCCAACUGUGGUGUAUAUUUUCAUGUUCCCUAUAGCUGGAACCAUGAUGGAUUAUUGGAAAACGCACAGCCAUUUAACCAUGACUCAGAUACACAAAAUCAUCAUGAGCUUCACGUUGAUAACUGCUGGUAUUCUUUUCGUCGCAAUCGCCAUCAUUUCAAACUUCACUGUAUCCAUGGUCAUGUUCGUAAUAAUUCAAAUCCUCAUGUCAUUUGUCAUAUUAAUUCUAGAACUAGUCACUGUAAAUCUUGCCCCCAACGAUACCAGCAUAAUAGCCGGACUGAGUACAUUUUCAGCCGCCUUUAGUUCCAUAAUAUCGCGAACAAUAAUCGGAUUCAUCAUCACCGAACACACCUUGCAUGAAUGGAACGAUUGCUUCAUUCUGACAGCUUUUGUGCUGAUCAGUGGGGCGGUUAUUUUUGUAAAAUAUGGUUCGAGUGAAGCUCAGCCUUGGUCUUUGGAGGUGUUUUCCGAUGCAGGAUACUCAUCGUUUGAUAGUCAAGAGACGAGAAAAGAUUUCAGAUGAUUUAUUUACCUAUACUUAUGUGCUUGUUUGUCGAUUUGUUUUACGUGUUAAAAAUAAACUCACAUUUCCAUCGUA